CCAAAAACAAUUUGGCAACACAACAAAAACUAACGAACAAGUCCCCAAAAGAAACAUCAUAAAAAUAACAUUCGCUAACGAAACAGCAGCACAAAGUAAAAAUGUCAAAAAAAUUACAAAAACAUUGAAACAUUUUUUUUUGCAUUAAACAAAGUAAAUUUUUUCGCCAGAUUUGUUUUUAUUUUAACGAAUUUAUGUUCCGAAGAAAAUAAAUGAGUUGAAUUAAAAGUUGCUGCGAAAAUGAAUCGCCAAUUGGUGGAAAAUAUUUUAACCGUAAUAAAGACCUCAACGGAUAAAUCGGUGAUUGUUAAGGGUCUGGUUAAAUUGCGUACAGAUGUGGUCAAAGAUAAAGAUGGAAUUUUAUUGUUUCGGGAAGCAGGGGGUGUCUCACCCAUGGUACGUUUUCUAAGUAAACCACAUGAGCAAAUAUUGGAAGUGGCUUUGAGUAUUAUGGGCAAUUGUUGUACCGAUGAAAUCAGUUGUAAAGAGGCUUUGGAAAGUAAAAUUGCAGUACCUUUGGCUACCAUACUAAAAUCGAUACCAAAUCCAGUCAUUCAAUGUCGUGCUUGUCGUUUGUUGGGUAAUUUGGCUAAAGUGGAUGCAAAUCAAUUGGUGUCCAAUCAUUGUCCAGUAAUUGCACAAUCUCUGGUUCGUAUAAUAGAGGAUACCUCGGAUGUGCAGACACGUAUGAUGGCAUUUCGAGCUUGCCGUUUCCUAUUGACAAAUCCCCAGUUUGUGAAGAAUUUUCUGCAAGCUUCUGGUUUAGCUACAAUUUUACGUAUUUUGGCAUCGGUAAUGAAAAAUAAUGAUUAUGUGGUCGAGGAAAAACUUCUAAAUGAUGCCCAGGCUCCUUUAAAAGUGGGUUUGAAACGUAACCAGCACCGUGAGAAGUAUUUUGAAGAGGUUGCCCGUAAUUUGGAAGGUGUACGCAGUGAUAUAUUUGAUCAUGAAGUUUUGAAAAAUACCACUCGUAAUUCUAAUGCUUAUGCCAUGCCCAAGGAAAGAGUAGCAUUAGAUCUAGUAUGUGAAAUUUUAAAGUGUUUACUGGCCAUUUCAGAGCUGCAGAUAGGAGUACCCAUAUGGGAUUCGCUGAAUCGAGCCAAUUGUACAUUUGCUCCAAUUGUUUAUUUUGUAACCGAUGAAAAGAAUAAACACAGAAGUGUAGCCUUAAAAAUCUUAUCAAAUCUUUCGAAAAAUACGGGAGCUUUUUACAUUUUAAGUUCUGCUGAUGCUAUUCUGGCUGCUUGUGAAUUGUUGGUGUCAAGUGAUAUGGAGGCAGCUCCCAAUGAAAGUGAAAGCCGACAUUGUAUCAAUAUUAUAAGCAUACUAUCAACGGAUGCCUGUAAUCGUUCGAAAAUCCGAAGGUCUGGAGCAUUAAGAAAACUAAUUGCAAUGUGCAAGGAAUCUAAUUCCCAGCCAGAGAAAUCAGCGAUCUUAAAUGUCUUAAUUAAUUUCCAAUAUGACAACAUGAGCAUGGAUCUAAUGUUACGCGAAGGCUUAAUCAAUGUUCUAAUCAAAGAACUGGAUUUGUAUUUAGCUAGCGAUGAUGAUUACUAUAAAAAGAAACGUGAGGAAAAAUUACAAACUUCAAAAAAACGUAAACUGCCGGAAAUAGUUAAAGAAACCAAAUGCAAGUUUCCUAAGGUUAAAGAAGAAAUCUAUUUGGAUUGUGAUUCACCCAGCAGUUCGCCUAGAUCUUACAAUGCUCCAUCUAGUCCUUGUAGUUCUCGCAGCAUGUCACCAGUGGGUGGGAAUGUAUAUCAAACAAAUGAAUCCGAUGAAGAAUCUUAUUCCCCCGUUUGUAGUGAUGAUGAAGAGGAAGAAGAGGAGCAGAAUGAGAAUGAUAAUAAAAGAGAUACUAGCAGCUAUUUGUAUAGCAAUCCAAAUGCCAAUUGUAAUGAUCAUACUAUAAUAAUGAAUCUACUGGAUGUUGCUGCUAGAUCAGAACCCAUUGAAGAUAAUAUUUUAUUAGAUAAAGAAGAUGAUGAAGAAAUAAGUCAAGAUGCUGCUUUAAAAUUGCCACCAACUAGUAACUUGCCUCACAAUACCAUAGAUAUAAUAGAUAAUUUAAUAUUUCGCGUAACCUGUUUGGUUAAGAAGAGUUUAGACUUGGGGAAACCCGAAACCAUGAAAACCCUUAUUAAAGCCAUUAAUAUGUUUGGUAUUAAUUUAGAUUUUGCUGGAUCUCUCACCAAUAUUUUAUUGGAAAGUCAAUUUUUUGGUCAAGUCAUUAAACAGGGCAUAUGUCACCAAUUGUUCCAAUUAACAAAAAUUAAAGAGAUGGCCAAAGAUGGUUUUGGGUUUCUAGACACCUUAACAUCUGUGGGUGAAUGUAAUUAUGGCAAAGAAGAAUUGGCCCGAUUAUUGCGUUGUGAGGAUAUUGUAUCACAGAAAAGAGCCGCCAUUACUGUAGCCUACAUUAUCAAAAGUAAACCACUGCUAUAUCAAUUCCUAAAUGAUGGCAAUGCUCUCUCGGUUUUACUUAAUAUAAUAUUAAGUGCCAAACAAGAUGAAUUUACAGCCGAAGCAGUUGAUUCGUUAACUUGCAUGUCACGCUUCACUUUAGGCAUAGAUAUACCACAGACGGCGGCUGACAAACGUUUAGACGAAUAUGAAAUAUUCAUAGAAAAGGAUGCUGGCCAACCUUUACAUGAAUCAUGCGAUAUGCGUUUCUUAGUACAUGAUCCAAACGAAACCGAAGACAGCAGCGAAUCAGAGACAGUAGCGGUAGCCUUUAAUAAGGCUUUACUCUGCUCCACCAGUGAAGUAUUCAAUACAAUGUUAAAUAGUGAUUUUCGCGAAGGCAAUGAAGGUGAAAUACACUUGCGCACCUACACCGUCAGCGGUCUGCUCUAUUUUCUCAAUCUCAUUGUACGUCAAUCGAAAAAUUUAAAAAUGAACAUACCACCGGCUGAUAAAUACUAUGCUCUCUUGGAAGCUUUUGAAAUGUCACGCAUUUAUAUUAUACCCGAAAUGGAACAAUUUGUUUUACAACUAUUAAUAUCACAACUAGAUGAAUCGAAUUGUUUGAGUGUUUUGGAAUGGUCGAUGAAAAACUAUCAUGUCGAAUUGACUGAAAUGUCGAUUAACUAUUAUUUGUGUUCAUCAUUGACUACUGAAGCUAAAGUUAAUUUAUUUAGAACCGCCGAUUAUUCAACAUAUUCAGCCGAAUGGUUUCAAAUGAUUAUUGAAGCUGUUUUGGCUAGAUGUCGUAAUGGUUUUUAAAUAUAAUUAUUAUUUUUUUAUUAUAUAUUUUAUUUAAAUUAUUUUUUAAUGUGAUUUUUAGGUUUAAUUGAUGAUUUUUUUUUAAAUUUAUUGUUAUUUUCAACAAAAAAAAUAUUACUGGAUUUUUUUUAUUUAAAAAUUGUAAUAAACCGGGAUUUCAAAAUUUUGUGGGAAUAUUCAUAUUUAGAUUUAAAAUUUUAACAGCAUUCUGUCGGUUUUUUUGGUAAAUGCAAAAAGAUCACUCUAAAAUUUGUUAAAGAUUACCUUAAAAUUGAAAUAUUUUAUGGAAUAUAAGAAAGAUUCACUAAGAAACAUUCUCAAAACUGAUUUCGUUUAAAAAUUUUAAAUUUUAACGAUUACUUUACUUGAUUUACUUAAGUCUGAUUAACUGUUAAGUUUAGAGAUCAUGGACUUCUAGGAAUAUUUAAAAUUGGGCAACGGCACGUUUUGAAAAGGAACCCUUUCGUUUUUGUAAAUAAUUUAAUAUAAUUUAUAAAGUUUUAUCAGAUUUUCAAAAAAAAAAAAACAUCUUAAAAUCGAAUAAAUUACAUUUAUUUAAAACAAAAUUACUUCUUUAAAGAUAAUUAAUUU